GGCAACUUCUUCUCCUAGACCUGUGGUGGCGGGUGGGGGUGUGCGCGAGCUUGAGGUAGUCCAGGUGGGAAGGAGGAACGAAAGACCACCACCACCCCGACUCCUUCGCCCUGGAAAGAUCGGCGGGAGGCGCGGCUUAGAGCCCUUGGAGCUCACAGCGGGGGCUGGAGAUGGAGGAAGGAGCUGAAGACUUGAGACAAAGAAAGAAACUGAACUGUACAGAAGUUGCUGAAAAAGUUCCAAAAGAGAACAAUGAAGAAAGCAAAAAGCCCAAAAAAUCUCCAAGAUAUGUUUUAAUUCCACGUUUUGCAAAGCUUUUCUUUGGCUGCCUUGCAGCAGUCUUGAGUGGAAUGAUGUAUGCCAUGUACCUUUCAACAUACCAUGAACGCAAAUUCUGGUUCUCUGGCAGGCCGGAGCUUGAACGAGAAAUUACAUUCCAGGGUGAUAGUGCCGUUUACUACUCUUUUUAUAAAGAAUUGUUAAAAGCACCAUCCUUUAAAAGAGGUGUUUAUCAGCUUACCCAUGACAACCAGACUCUGUCACUGAAGACUCUGAAUGCAGUCCGACAAAUGACUCUGUAUCCAGAGUUGAUUGCCAGUGUAUUAUACCAAGCAUCUGGCAGUGAAGAAAUUAUUGAGCCAGUCUAUUUUUACAUUGGUAUAGUAUUUGGACUACAGGGGAUCUAUGUGACGGCGUUGUUUGUAACCAGCUGGCUGAUGAGUGGAACUUGGUUAGCAGGGAUGCUGACGGUCGCUUGGUUCCUUAUUAACAGGGCAGAUACAACAAGAAUAGAUUACUCUAUCCCUUCAAGAGAAAAUUGGGCACUGCCAUAUUUUGCAUGUCAGGUUGCUGCUCUUACGGGCUAUUUAAAACACAACAUACCCUCUUCUGCUGAGAGAUUUUGCUACCUGUUGGUGAGUGCGUCAACCUACAUGUUUAUGAUGAUGUGGGAGUACAGUCAUUAUCUCCUAUUUGUCCAAGCUGUGUGUCUCCUCUUGCUGGACAUCUUGACUCUUGCACAGACGGAGAAGGUGCAUGAGGUGUAUAAAAUCUACCUGUUUUCUGUCUUUCUGGGAUACGUGUUACAGUUUGAAAAUCCAGCUUUAUUAGUGUCCCCGCUGCUAAGCCUUGUUGCAGCCGUGAUGCUUGCAAAAUGCCUUCAGAUGAAUACAAAAACGGGGACAUUUUUUUCAAGGAUGCUGAACAUCAUUUAUUUUUAUUUGGUAUUCACAAUGACAGUGACUUUGAAUUUUGCAGUGAAGACCUUUAUUCCUCAUAAAGAAAAUGAGCACUUAAUGCAAGUUCUCGAAGUAAAAUUGGGUUUAAACAGCACUAAGAACUUUAUCAUGAACUGGCUCCUUUGUCAAGAGUCCCUGCAGACACCAUCCCAAGACUUCUUUCUGCGUCUCACUCAGUCCUCAUUGUUGCCUUUCUACAUUUUAGUGCUAAUUAUUUGUCUUUGCUCUGUCGGACAGGCCAUCUUUAGAAGAAUUAGUGGUGAACCGGCCAAUGAGACGACUAUGCUUGAGGGUGGGAGAAUUGGAGAAAGGCCAGAAGUUGUGUAUCAUGUAUUUCACACGAUUGCACUAGGGUUGCUUGCAAUGAUGAUGGAAGGCAUGAAGUACCUAUGGACUCCCUAUGUGUGCAUGCUUGCUGCAUUUGGAGUGUGCUGCCCUGAGCUCUGGAUGACGUUGUUCAAGUGGCUUCGACUGAAAGCUGUACAUCCUGUCUUGCUGGCUCUUAUCCUGAGUAUGGCAGUUCCUACUAUCAUAGGCUUCAGUCUAUGGAAAGAGUUUUUCCCUAGGAUAAUGGCAGAACUUUCAGAACUGCAAGAAUUUUACGAUGCUGACACAGUAGGACUCAUGACCUGGAUAAAAAGACAGGCUCCUAUUGCUGCUGUGUUUGCUGGCAGCCCACAGCUUAUGGGUGUGAUCAAGCUGUGUACUGGAUGGAUGGUGACAAACCUGCCCUUGUAUAAUGAUGAAGACCUGCAGAAGAGAAAUGAAAAUAUUUUUCAGAUUUAUUCCAAAAGAUCAGCUGAGGAUAUUUAUAAGGUACUCACAUCCUACAAAGCCACCUACUUGAUCGUUGAGGAUUCAAUCUGCAACGAGGUGGGGCCCGUGAGAGGGUGCCGAGUCAAAGACUUGUUGGAUAUUGCCAAUGGCCAUGUGUAUUAUGAGGAAAGUGACAGUUUUGGCUAUUCAAAAUAUGGACGAUUUUGUCAGGAGAUCAAAAUGAACUAUUCUCCAUAUGUAAACUACUUCACUCGAGUAUACUGGAACAGGUCCUACUUUGUAUAUAAAAUCAACACUGUGAUAUCCUUCCAAUCCUGAGACGUCUUGGAGACCUCCCUUUUUGAAGAUUUGACUGCGUGUAGAAUUUUUAAAUGGGUUGAGGUUACAAAGUGUUCUUUUAUAUUACAUAUACAUUGCUUGUGUACACACACGCACACACACACACACCAAGAACAUGCAGAAUGCUCAUUGCUACCCAACUGGAAUACUGCAGACUGAAUACAGCACAGCAAGAGAAACAUGUUCCUGGACCAUGAAAAUACUGAUCAGUGCUACAAGAUAUGACUGUCUUCCACAUCUUAAAAUACCUCUUCCCAGUUUUAACAUAUUUUCAUGUGCAUUAAUUUCUUGUUUUCAGUGUUAGGGCUAUCAUUGUCACCUUAACUAAAUUUAUUUACUUCAGUAACUACCAAAAAAGAAAGAAAGAAACCCAACAUGAAAACAUAGUGGGCAUGACCCCAAUUCUAUGCACGUACUAUAUAUCUGGGUCUUUCCUGUCAUUUUUGAAGGGAAAUUCAGGGACAUUUAAAACAUGGCUUAGCUUUGUUUCAAAGGCUGCUGAAGCUUAGUAGGAGCAGGGCGUGGGUGAACGCAGGCAUUGCUUGCCUGAGACUGUCUCUUUGUAAUCAUGGCUACUGGACUAAUUCUGCUUUCUGUUGAUGGUGUUAGCAGAUCUGUUGAUUUUUAGUGGAGUGCAGCUUGACUAGAUUGGGAAAAAUUAAGAUUGUACUUUAAAUUAUAAAAUAUAUCCCAGAUAAGAACUGAAGCUUAUGCUUGAAAUGUCUAGAUAACAUUGUGGAUGCUGGUAUGUCUUACAUGGGCAUAGUCUUCUUUCUCUGAACACCUGCUAAUUGUAAUAAACAGACAGUUUGGUCCACAAACAAGAAAAGGCUGGGAUUCUUAACUAUUUUGCAGAUUUGCAGUUUCACAGGACUGCCUGCCUGUUUUAGUAUGACUAACGGGGUGUAUUGCUUUGCCCUAGUUAUGCUAAAGUAUUUUGGCAAAUUAGAAUUAAAAAUCACACACUUAAGACCAAGCUGAUAACAGCAUGGUGUAUAUGUGUGUAUUUGUUGUUAAGAGUAUAUUGCUAUGAUGCAUUUUCAGUUAUUAAAAUAUUUAUUCCCUUUCUUAUGGUGGCAUUUCUCUCUGCAUUUUGUUUUUAUUGUUGUUUAUCUUUGCUAGAUACUGCUUGUUUCCACUCUCCCCCUGCCCCACACACACCCCUGAGAUUUAUCCUACAGUCCUGAAAGAAGUCAGAAUUGUAUUUAAGUGUAGGCUGUGAAAACAUUAGUACUGUACCUGCUGGAAAGCAUUCUGUCCAAAUUGUAGAACUGAAAUUCCUCUUCUCAUGCUUCUGUAAAACUGUAAGCAUAACAGUGACCUACGCAGCUGGAAAAUUUAGUCUGUGUCUAUUUCAUCACAUGCUUAGUGUGCAGUAUUUAUUGGGAGGUUAAUGAUCAGUGUUGCCUAUAUUCUUUGUUUUUGUUUUCAGGUCAAGCAGUGUGGAGACUUUGACAAUACUUCUUUGAAAAUGAAAACAUUUUAUGUUUGUUAAAUUGAGGUUGAAAAACUGUCCGCCUUGGGGAAAUAGUUUUAAAUCAGAUCAUAGAAUUUAAAUCCUAGUGGGGUUGUGGUUUGUGGGUGGUUACAUAGAUAUUUUGUAUAGAUGAAUGACUGGAUGUAAAAUAGCCUUAUUAACAAGUAUAGCAUUCAUUUGGAGAAUGUUUUUUUAAUGUGUUUUUCCCCCAUUUUGUAUUCUGUGAAUUCUCCAUGCUCCAGCACAAGUGCAUUUAUUUCUCUGCACUGAUAUGCUUCUGUUGCUACAGUAAAUUAUAAAACAUGCACUUAUUUCAAAUAACUGCAAGGGAAAUUAACUUCUCAGUAUUGAUUUGUACUGUGGUAGAUGUCUGACUUGCAUCUAGACUAAUACUGCACUACACACGCAUAAUGGGGAAGGAGCUCUUCCCCUGCCCCCCAUUCCUGCCUUCCCUCUGAAGCCCACGGUGAAUCCUGAAAAUAUGUCCCUAAAAAUCCUAUAACCCUCAGCAACACACAGUGGACUGCAGAGGGAAGAUAAAAUUGCUCCUUCUCAUAUACAAACAGCAUUUUUUGGCACAUGCACUAUUAGUCUGGAAGGCAGCCACUGUUUUAAUAUAUAUCUUUUUUUAAAAAAUAGCCCUCCCAAGACCUCAGUCCACCAGGCAUUACCAUUAUGCAAUCUCUCUUGAUUUCAAGGGAUCUCCAAGUUCCACUGAAACAAAGAUGGGAUGAACAGCAGCAUCAACAUGUGGUCUGCAUCCGAACAUGAUACCAUUAGUGGAUGAUAACUAGCACUGUGUGUAGCAGCUUGUAAUGUUUAUUAAUUCAGUUUCUAACUGAAUACUAGUGGCAGGGGAGCAACAGCAAGAGAGAGGGCAUUCCCUCACCUCUUGCCUGUGGGCUUCUCAGAGAUAUCUGGCUGAAUUGCCUUGGCUAAUAGUUGUAAUAACUCGACUCAAAGUGAAGUAGGCUCUUUUGGACUAGUACUCAAGUGCUGAAUAGGUAGAACAUUUAGAAGCAUGUGUUAACCAGUAUAACACACAAACAUUCCACACUAUAAAGAUAAACUUGCCAUCUGGCUUUGUCUAUAUCUUUUUAAAUCACAGCAUUGAGUUGAGAAGCUCCUCAGAAAAGAUUUGCAACAUUGGAAAGAGGAGGAAAGAGGUAAUAUGGCCCCGAGUUGGAGAACAAUUUUUUAAAAAAAUAAAAAUGAUUGUAUUCCCCCACCCACACCACAGGGAACAAUUGCAAAAUGUAGAAAAUGCUAUUAUCAUGCUGGUGGCUAGUCUGGUUGUUAAGAAGUCAGAUGAGUAGUGGGACUUACAUUUCUGCAACACGUAGCAUUUUCCUACUAUUCCCUUAAAAACUCUGGAGGUAACGAGAAAUCUUACAAGCAUCACACAUGUGUACCAUGGUUCUAAUGAAAGGAGAAAUAAUUGUAGUUCUUAGCAAAAGAAACAUUCCAUUCUCUUGCUGUCAAGUUGUUGUAACCCAGCUGGAAAAUGUGCCUUGUAAAUUUUUAUUAAAGAAACAAAUACAACCCUU